AUGGGCGCCGACGUCGCCGCCGCCGUGGCGGCGCGGGAGAGGGAGGCGGAGAUCGAGAAGGCCAUGCGCGCCCGCGUCGCAGACUUCAAGAAGCAGGCCGACUCCUUGACCCUUGAAGGCGUUAGGAGAGCACUGGAAAAGGACCUGGGUUUGGAUAUGUAUUCACUUGAUGCACAUAAAAAGUUCAUAAAGCAAUGUGUAGACAAGGUUUUUGCUGAAUCUGAUGACGAAAAUGCAAAUGAUAAUGCAUCAGACGAUCUUGAAGCUAAAGAUGAUCAUUUAUCCAAAGAAGGGACAGAUAUUGCUAAACCAAUGCCUGUUUCAAACAAAACGUCCUCCAAUGCUGAUGUCGUAACAUCCAGCAAGACAGGAAAGGAUCCUGAAGGAGAAAAGGAUCAAACUUCCAGCAGUGAUAUUAGUGAAGACAUGAUAAAAGAAGCCAUUGAAAAAAGGGCAUCUUAUUUUAGAAAGAACUCUGAUACUCUUACUUUACAAGGAGUUCGACGUACUUUGGAAGAAGAUCUCAAGCUUCAGAAGAAAGCUUUGGAUGCCUAUAAGAACUUCAUUACUACAGAAUUAGACAAGAUUUUGCAAGAACCUGCAAAUGGGACAAAGAAAAAAAGUAAAAAGGGAUCUUCCAAGGAUACUGACCAAACAAGUAAUAAAGGCUCUAAAAGAGUCCGUGAAGAAUCGGAUAGGUCUGAAUUAAAUGAUAGCAAGAGUGAGCUGGAAGACAGUGACGAGGAUUCAAGGCCAAGAAAGAAAAGAGCAGAAAAGGCUAAAGUCGUCAAAAAGCAGAAAAUAGUUACAAAUGAGAAGAAACUCUCAACCCCAAAGGCUAAAAAGGUUGCAAAACAAGAUUCAGAUAGACGUACUGAAGAAAAGGGUGGCAACUCAGCAGAAGAGGAUAAUUCCCAUUCAUCCGUUGAGGAAGAUAACAAGAGAAAACGGCAACAGACUCCAGCUUAUGGGAAACAAGUGGAGCAUCUGAAAUCGAUAAUCAAGUCGUGUGGAAUGACAAUUCCACCUACUGUGUAUCGGAGGGUCAAGCAAGCUCCUGAGAACAAACGUGAGGCCUGUUUGAUAAAGGAGUUACAGGAUAUACUUGAAAAGGAAGGAUUGUCAAAAAAUCCUUCUGAAAAAGAAAUUAAAGCAGUGAAGAAGAGAAAAGAAAGAGCAAAGGAACUUGAGGGCAUAGACAUGAGUAAUAUUAUUACUAGUUCUCGUCGGAGAAGUACAUCAAGUUUCAUACCCCUGCCGCCACUGCCUAAAAUAGAAGAGGAUAGUGAUGAUGAAGAAGAUGAUGAUGAUGAUGAUGCAGAAGACGAUGAUGAAGUUGAUGAGGAGAAUGUAAAAGGUGGAGAUGAAGACAAUGAUGAAGUUGAUGAGGAGAAUGUAAAAGGUGGAGAUGAAGACAAUGAUGAAGUUGAUGAAGAGAAUGUAAAAGGUGGAGAUGAAGACAAUAAUGAAACUGCCGAAGCUGGUGAUGGUUCUGCUGAUGGUAUGAUUCAGCUAUCUGUUCCUUGA